GGGUAGAAAUAGUACUUUAAUCAUACAUACUCGGUCGGUGUUUUGUACAACAAAAUGAUGGUAGAUGAAGAGAAGGCAGAGGACAGCCAAGCAAUCCCUCGAGAGAUUCAUGGUCUAAAACCCACAGCUACCCGAGGUGUAGAGUCAAACAAAGAGUUUGAAUCUCUGAAUGAGUCCACCAGUCCAGCUCUUGUGCGUCCAGAAAUCUCUCCGGGCGAAAAACUGAACUUGACAUUGGAGAACCCCCCUACAACAACAGUACCACGAUUAAACCGGCGAGGAUUACUUGGAAUAUUGACCAUUAUACCAGAAAUCGAAAAUCCACAAAACUAUGGAAAUGGCGCCAAGUGGUUAAUAACAUUUAUUGUUGCGGUGGCGGGUGCUGCGGCGCCUCUGGGGAGUGCUAUAUUCUUUCCUGCACUUACUGAACUCUCCGAAGACUUUCAUACUUCCAAAACACUCACCAACCUCGCCGUGGCUAUGUACCUUUUAGCUAUGUCCAUAUUUCCACUCUGGUGGUCUGCCUUUUCGGAACUAUUUGGUCGUCGGACAAUAUACUUGAUAUCUUUCGCGUUUUUCACUUUAUGGAGUGCCAUUGCCGCAAUAUCUACUUCUAUGACAAUGCUGAUCGUGAUGAGAGUAUUAGGAGGGGGUGCAGCUGCUUCUGUUUUAGCUAUCGGUGCAGGAACCAUUGCUGAUAUCUGGGAGCCAAAAGAGCGCGGUCGUGCAAUGGGAAUAUUCUUCCUGGGUCCUAUGUUGGGACCGCUUCUAGCUCCAAUUAUUGGUGGAGCAUUAGCGGAGAAAUGGGGCUGGCGAAGUACCCAGUGGUUUCAAACUAUCUACGGAGGAGUAUUAUUGAUUACUUUGUUAAUUUGCCUCCCUGAGACACUUGUAAGACGAGCCUCAAUCGUCGAGGAACCUGCUGAUGGGACCGUCCCAUCUCAUCAAUCCAAGUUUGCUCCCUUUUCGACCCCGAUAUACAUUCAACAGAGAACGAAAAAGGUAGUAGCCAUUUUGAAACAGUCCAUAGUUGAUCCACUAAAGAUAUUGGGCUAUCUUCGGUUUCCAGCCGUCUCAGUCACGGUCUACAUCGGUAGCAUAACCUUUGGAUCUUUAUACAUAUUGAAUAUUGCCAUUCAAAAGACAUUCGGAGAGGAGCCAUAUAAUUUCUCCGAGGUAGUAGUCGGACUGACAUAUAUCCCGGGCUCACUGGGAUACAUUGUGGCAGGUUUUGUGGGAGGUAAAUGGUCGGAUGCUAUCAUGCAUCGAGAAGCUCGUGCUGCUGGUCGAUUUGAUGAAUCUGGCAAACUUAUUCUGCGACCAGAAGAUCGCAUGAGAGAAAAUGUUUUACUUGCUGCUGCUAUCUAUCCUGCUGGUCUUCUAUGGUUUGGAUGGACUGCGGAGAAAGGGGUUCAUUGGAUCGUCCCCUUAAUUGCGAAUUUCUUCUUUGGGUUUGGAACUAUGAUCAUCUUUUCUACCGCAACUACUAUGCUCACGGAGUUCCUCCCCAAGCGUAGUUCUAGUGGUGUAGCAGUGAGCACAUUUGUGCGAACAAUUUUCAGCUGUGUCGGAUCAGUGAUUGCGCAACCUUUGCUGCAAUCCAUUGGAGAUGGAUGGCUAUUUACGAUACUCGCCAUAAUUGGAUGGAUCAGUGCGUUCUUAGUUGUUUGGGCUAUGAAACGAUUUGGGCCUAGGUGGCAGGUGGAGAUGGGAAAGAAGUUGGCUCAGUAGGCUCAGUUCAGCGCGGACAGCUCCCUCUGUAAACAAUAUAAAUUUUAACGUUGGACAAUACUCGUACUCAAAUAAAAUCUUUACGUA